UCAGCGGUUCUUGUUUUGAUUGACACAUCAGUGGACCAAUCAGGGAGGAGAUAGUAAGACGUCUCCACCAAUAAUUGAACGAGUGACAUUCACGACCCACGCUAUUGGCUCCUCCGAGCUCAGACAUGUAGUUGUAGUGUGUGGCAGCAGCCAAUGGGAUGGCCGCUUACUGCCUGUGAUCCUCCAGUGCCGUGGCUGCCGGCUGCUGUCCUGUGUGUCUGCUGUGUGUCACCAUCAUGAAGAGCGUACAGUGUGUCAUGUCCCCGUGUGCCCUCACAGCUUCAGUCUUCAACUAGCAACCGGGGGACCGCGCAAUUAUGGAAGUUUAAAAGAAGGCGAGGUUCCCGGCGUGGGGGGGGGAGACCCCCUCCCUCUGCCCGAUCUGUUCUCUUGUUGCUUGACUUAUGGCAGGAACUAAAUAAAGGACUAUAUCAUAGAGAUCUAUUUUUCUAUACGUUUGUACAAAUAUUUAUAAUUGUUGUACAGUGCCAACGGAAUUUCCAGUGCUUAGGAAGGAACCUUUUUUGUUCUCCCUUUGAGCCUUACUUUUUUCGGUAUAUUGUGAAGGAUUUCUCAGCAGUGAAGAGAAUGGAUGUGGUAUGGCCAGAGUGUACUGUGCGCUGCCGCUCACUACAGCAUGCACUGGAUGUCAUAUCUGCAGUGACCAGGGGAAGCGAACAGCAGAUCAAGGCCUUUCUCUCUUCUUAUUGUUGCAAUGCCACCACCCUCAAGGAUGAUUUGGGGCGCAAUGUUGUUCAUAUUUCGGCAUCCUGUGGUAAAAAAGGUGUACUGGAUUGGUUAGCGGCCAAAGGUAUUGACCUGACUGUCAAAGACAAAGAAUCUGGAUGGACAGCUUUACAUAGAAGCAUCUUCUAUGGCCAUAUAGACUGUGCUCUGACAUUGUUAAAGCAUGGCAGUAGUCUUUACACUCAGGAUGAAGAUGGAUUCUCUGCACUGGACCUUGUAAUGGGGGACCGCCCAUCUCAUAUCGUGUUCCAAGCUAGUGAUCCUACAGAACUUUACACUUGGGGAAAUAAUAUAAAUUUUACCUUAGGGCAUGGCAACCAACAAAGUAAGCAUCAUCCUGAGCUGGUUGAUAUGUUUCCUCGCUGUGGCAUAUAUAUCAAACAGAUGGUACUGUGUAAAUUUCACUCAGUCUUCCUGUCUCAGAAAGGCCAGGUCUACACCUGUGGUCAUGGUCAGGGGGGCCGACUUGGUCAUGGAGAUGAGCUAACAUGUCUGGUACCAAGAUUGGUAGAAGGUUUGACCACCCAAUCAAUCAGUCAAGUAGCGGCGGCCAAGGACCAUACUGUGGUACUAACAGAAGAUGGAUAUGUUUACUCCUUUGGCUUAAACACAUUUCAUCAGCUGGGUAUUCUACCUCCUCCUUCAAAUUGUAAUUUCCCAAGACAGGUUCAGGCCAAAACUUUGAAAGGUAAAUCUGUGAUAGGGGUUUCUGCUGGAAGGUUUCACACGGUACUUUGGACUAAGGAUGCAGUUUAUACAAUGGGACUCAAUGGUGGUCAGUUAGGGUAUUUGCUUGAUCCUAAUGGAGAGAAACAUGUCAGCUGUCCUCGACAAGUCUCUGCUCUGCAUCAUAAAGACAUCGGUAUAUCUCUUGUAUCUGCAAGUGACGGAGCUACAGUUUGUGUCACUGAACGUGGAGAUGUUUACCUUCUGACUGAGUACCAGUGCAAGAAGCUAGCAUCAAAGCAACUAAACUUAAAGAAGGUCCUUGUGUCUGGUGGAUUUCUAGAUUACAAGGCAGAUCCCCAAAGCCUGAAAGAAAAUGGUGGCCAGCCUGUUCGAUUUCUUGCCUUGGAUCAAGCUGGAAGAGUAUUUUGGUGGAAGUCUACCAUGAAACAGUGCCGUUGGGUGUAUGGACGUCAAGUUAUUAUGUCUGAUAUUGCUCUAAAUAAGAAUGCAAUGCUGUUUAUCACACGUGACGGGGAAGGAUUUAGUGGAAACAUGUCUGAAAAGAAAUUCUCUUUAGAUAAAAAAGAACCCUCAGUAUCCGAUUCUGUUCUCUCGGAUACUAGUAGUGUGUAUGAAAGGAUUUGUCUACAGAAGCUUUCUACUGUCCACAGGGCAGUUAGUGUCACAACAGAUCCUAAUGGAUGUAAUUUUGCAGUGUUGCAGUCAGAUCCCAAAACCAGCCUUUUUGAAAUCCCAGUUGUGUCUUCAUCGAUUUUUGUUGAAGAUUUUGAGAAACUACUGAAGCAAGUAGAUGAGAUGGACUCCAUCCAUGAUGUGUCAUUUUUAAUAGGUUCCCAAACCUUUCCAGCACAUAAGUACAUGCUGUCCAUGAAAUGCGACUUCUUCCAAAAGCUAUUUUUCCUGGCAGACAGCAACAAAGUGGACUUUCCAGACAUUUACCUAAAUGGGGAGGAUUCAUCUGGAUGUGACCUAUUUACCAUUGAAAAAGUCUCUCCUGUGCUAUUCUCCUACAUCUUGCAAUUUAUCUACACCGACACAUGUGAUAUGUUAGUCCAUGGCCACAAGCCAAGAAACAUUCAAAAUGAUAAAAUAGAAGGAAAUCAAGAUACAAUUAUUUCCGAUUUUCAGAAAAUUUGUUUUCGCGAAGAUGUUAAAGGUAAAUCUGCCUAUGAGGUCUAUAGGAACAACCAGAUCUGUGCAGACAAUGAAAAGAAAAAAGGCAAAGGCACAAAACUAUCAAAGAAAAGCAAAUAUGUGAACGAAGAAAGUAGCCCUGUUAAAAUGCUGCAAAAUUUGGCCAAGAAAUUUGGGAUGAGUAAUCUAUGUUCAAGGCUGGAUGGAGUCAGAUAUGAAAAUGGAGCAGUUAAUGUUGUUCACAAUAAAAGUGGAAACGGACCCGGGUUCACCUUGAAAAAAUGCUCUUACCUUUGCGAUGUAACCAUCAGAUCUGAAGAUGGAAAAGAACUCGACUGCCAUAAAUGUGUCUUGUGUGCAAGACUGGAAUAUUUUCGCAUCAUGCUAAGUAGCACUUGGAUAGAGGCCAGCUGCUGUUCUGCUUUAGAAAUGCCUGUUCACUCAGAAGUCUUACAAGUUAUUAUUGAUUAUAUCUACACAGAUGAGGCUCCUGCUGUAAAGGAGUCUGCGAAUGUGGAAUUCAUUUGUAAUGUCCUGGUGAUGGCAGAUCAGCUCCUCAUUGUUCGAUUGAAGGAGAUGUGUGAGGUCACACUUACCGAAAGCCUUACUUUGAAAAAUGCUGCAGAAUUACUGGAAUUUGCUGCUUUAUAUAAUGCCGACCAGUUAAAGGUUUCCUGCUUCCAGUUCAUAGGGAUAAAUAUGGCAGCUUUAUUGGAAGCGAGGUCUUUGGAUGUGUUGAGUGAGGAUGUGCUGAAGGAACUGGCAAAUUAUUAUAGAAAAAUGAUUCCUGCAAUGGACAAAAGGCUGAUCACUCCUUAUUUGGAUGGACCAGACAUCAGCACUUUGAAGUAUGAAGAUGGAGAAAGUUUCAUGUCUACUAAAGAGGACAUCUUUUCUGAACAAUCAACUCCAGAAGCGCUGUUCAAGAAAGCCAAAACUAAAGCAAAAAGGAAGCCAAGAAAACGGUCAGACAGCUCUGGAGGCUACAACCUUUCUGACCUCAUUCAGAGCCCGCCAUCAACAGGAUUUUUCAAAUCUGAAAAAAAUAAUUCUGUUGAGUCACUCCAAGACUUGUUGACGUCCGACUCAGAAGGAAGCUUUGUAGGGGCAAGUAGCCCAAGAGAUUUGCAGUCACCUGACUUCACUUCAGUUUUCAGUCCCCCAAAAAUUGAGGAAAAAAAUAAGGUUUAUGAUGCAAGCUGUAUCAACUCACCACCAGCACUUUCUAGGUCGACUGGUAUAAAAAUGCCACAGCACCCGGUUUCUUCUCCCAAAGUUAUACCAAAUGCAAGAGAUCCUCCUGCUUCUCAAAACUGGGUUGCUCUGGCAUUCAGCCCAGUUAGUCCUCCUGCUGUGGACCUGAGAACAAUCAUGGAAACAGAAGAAAAUAUCCAGAAAUGUGGAGCUACACCUAAACUAGUGGCUGGAACUCAAAAGCCUGCAGCACAUGGGAUGAAGCUGUCACAAAAGCAAAGGAAAAUGAUGGCCUUGUCAUCUAAAGAGAACAGUGGAAAAGGGGAUAGUACAGCAGCUACAAAUAUCAAGAGCCCACCAAAAACAUGGGCAAGCUCUUUACAUUAUGAAGGAGAACCAAAGUCAUUCCGGGACCUCCUUCGGGAAGAGCAAAAAUAUGUUGUUUUGAAUACACUGAGAGAUACUGAAAAAAAAGUCACCCACAUUAAAGAAGUGGACCCUCCAAUACCUGCAAGAAGACCAUCUGAAACCAUGGCCCCUGAAUCCAACAGGAAGAGUAACAUGCCACAUCCAGAGUCUUCCAACCCAUGGCUUGUGUCCUCAAAUAAUAUCAAGUCAUCAGCGGUGCCAGUCACUUUUACUACAAUUGUUGAAGAAGAAAAGAAGCAAGAGGCUGCCCUCAUCAGGAGUAGGGAGAAGCCUCUAGCACUCAUCCAGAUUGAAGAAUGUGCAAUUCAGGAUCUGCUGAUUCAUUACCAAGCAGUAGACAACCCAGAGGAAUAUAUAACAGUUGAGCGAUCAGCACAAGGGCCCAUGGCAACACCAAUGUGGAACAAGCAUUGACUAUGACAUGAUUGUAUUCUGGAUCCUAUAAACGUGAUUAUGUUGUUGUUGUUGUGUAGGUAGUAUUAUUGCAGCUGAAAAGGCAUGACUUGUAGGUUUUGGUCUGAAUACGCUAAUCGUUGGUAAAUGCACUAAUUUCACCUUGCCGGCCAUAUACACAUACAUACUGCUUUUGACGAAUUUAAUAAUGAUACAUUAUUGUCUGCUAUAGAAUAUUUAAUAUGGGAGGCAGUUUUCUGUUGACAGUGUAAUGAAUUUCUACUGCAAAUAAAAGUGUGCCGUUACAAUGUUUAAAUUUCAUUUUUAAUUUCGACUUUGCUAUCAUGUAAAUGCAAGAAUUCAGCAUUUCUUGUUAACCCCUAAAAGCUAUGGACAACUGUCACAUGGGAAAAACUAUUGAUUUUACAUAUGCUAAAGGUUACUUUUUUGUUUUCAUGAAAACAAAAAAAAUGACCGUACUACCUUUUUAAGAAAUAUAACAUUAAAAAAUGUGAAGAGUACUAGUA